CUGGUUUACAACUUGAUUACAUUGGCCCUUUAGCAAGAGCGGCCAGGGGUAAUCAGUGUUGUUUGUUCCGGGGCUCUGGUCUGAUUCCUGGGUUAACUCGGUUGCAAUGUAGAUGCAGGAGGGAUUGGGAUAGCGCUGAGGCUCACGCACAGGUUUAUGUCACAGUGCAAACAGACUCAGUAUGUCCCAGCUUACCAGUUUCACCCCAGAUCCCUGCUCCACUUAACAUACAGCUCUUUGGUAAGUGUACAGGGAAACCAAGAUUGAACAAAGCAUGGAGGUUCAGUCGUAGGAAGUAGGAAUAUUGGACACAAACGGUUACAAUAAAAUAAAAUUGUAACUCGCCUUCUAAAGGCUAGACUUAAUUAACAAGACAUGCAUGCCUACCAAUGUGUAGCUCCCCCACCAUUCUCACACCAUUAUAGAGCCAAGGAGGCUGUGAUCCCUCUCCCAAUGGACAACCUGUGCUGUCAGCUGGCCUCCUCGGUGAACGAUCCAGUGUGUCUCUCUUGGGCUUAGAUAUAGAGUUUAUCCCCUCCUCUUUCUCUCCUCUGGGGAAGGGUUGCGGGUGGGGGGUGGGGGAAUUCAUUUCCUGAUUUCUUUGAUCUCUCUGGUAUUUAUUUUGGUUCCUUCCCCCCCUUUUCCAUUCCUCUGUCGGUGGUUUUCUGUCUCCCCGGCACAGGGGGUGGCCCAUAUCUGGAUUCUCAGCAUAAUACAGUCUCCAGGAGAUGCAAAGGGGACGUUUUCUGUGCUUGGCCCCAGACCAAAGCCUGUGAGAGUCAGCGCAGGGCAGAGGAAAGUGUCAGGAGCUGCUCACACCUUAUGAGAUGUCGGAGCAUCCUCACGGGCGAGAGACCCUACACAUGCUCUGAGGGUGGGAAAAGCUUCAGCCAGAGCUCCUCGCUGAUUAGACACCAGCAAAUCCACAUAGGGAAGACCCCGUUCGUGUGUGCCGAGUGCGGGAAACGCUUUAGCCAGCGCUCAUCCCUGGUCACGCACCGGAGAAUCCACACCAGCGAGAUGCUCUACACCUGCGCCGAGUGUGGGAAAAGCUUCCGGCAGAGCUCAAACCUGAUCACGCACCAGAGAAUCCACACCGGCGAGACGCCCUACACCUGCGCCGAGUGUGGGAAAAGCUUCCAGCAGAGGUCAAACCUGAUCACGCACCAGAGAAUCCACACCGGCGAGACGCCCUACACCUGCACCAAGUGCGGGAAAAGCUUCCAGCAGAGGUCAAACCUGAUCACGCACCAGAGAAUCCACACCAGCGAGACGCCCUACACCUGCACCAAGUGCGGGAAAAGCUUCCGGCAGAGCUCAAACCUCCUCACACACCGGAAGAUCCACACCAGGGAGAUGCCCUACACCUGCGCCGGGUGCGGGAAACACUUCAGUCAGAGCUCGACCUUCAUUCGUCAUCAGACCAUCCACACCGGCGAGACGCCCUACACCUGCGCCGAGUGUGGGAAAAGCUUCCAGCAGAGGUCAAACCUGAUCACGCACCGGAGAAUCCACACCAGCGAGACGCCCUACACCUGCACCAAGUGCGGGAAAAGCUUCCGGCAGAGCUCAAACCUCAUCACACACUGGAAGAUCCACACCAGAGAGAUGCCCUACACCUGCGCCGACUGCGGGAAACACUUCAGUCAGAGCUCGAACUUCAUUCGUCAUCAGACCAUCCACACCGGCAAGACACCCUACCCAUGCUCUGAGUGUGGGAAAAGCUUCAGCCAGAGUUCCUCGCUUAUUAGACACCAGCGAAUCCACACAGGAGAGACCCCGUUCGCGUGUGCCGAGUGCGGGAAACGCUUUAGCCAGCGUUCAUCCCUGGUCACCCACCGGAGAAUCCACACCGGCGAGACGCCCUACACCUGCGCCGAGUGCGGGAAAAGCUUCCGGCGGAGCUCAAACCUGAUCACGCACCAGAGAAUCCACACCGGCGAGAUGCCCUACACCUGCGCCGAGUGUGGGAAAAGCUUCAGGCAGAGCUCAAACCUCAUCACACAUUGGAGGAUCCACACCGGGGAGAUGCCCUACACCUGCGCCGAGUGCGGGAAAUGCUUCAGUCAGAGCUCGACCUUCAUUCGACAUCAGACAAUCCACACUGGGGAGACGCCCUAUGCCUGCUCUGAGUGCGGGAAAAGUUUCAAUCGGUGCUCUGCCAUGAUCACGCACCAGAGGAUCCACACAGGAGAGACGCCCUAUGCCUGCACCGAGUGCGGGAAACGCUUCAGUCUGAGCUCGACCCUCAUUGCACAUCGGAGGAUCCACACGGGAGACAUGCCCUACACCUGCGCCGAGUGUGGGAAAAGCUUCCGGCAGAGCUCAAACCUGAACACCCAUCGGAGGAUCCACACCGGGGAGAUGCCUUAUGCCUGCGCCGAGUGCGGGAAAUGCUUCAGUCAGAGAUCCACCUUUAUUAGACAUCGGCGCGUCCACACGGGGGAGACACCGUACACGUGCUCUGAGUGUGGGAAAAGCUUCAGCCAGAGCUCGACCCUCAUCACACAUUGGAGAAUCCACAUGGAAGAGGCUCCCUACGCAUGCUCCGAGUGUGGGAAACGUUUUAGCCACAGUUCUGCCCUUAUUAGACAUCUGAGGAUCCACACUGGGGAGACCCCUUACCCAUGCUCCGAGUGCGGGAAACGUUUUAGCCACAGCUCUGCCUUGACCACGCACUGGAGAAUCCACACGGGAGAGACGCCCUACGAAUGCUCCGAGUGCGGGAAAAGCUUCCGGCGGAGCUCCGGCCUCCGCACCCAUUGGAGGAUCCACACCGGCGAGACACCCUACACGUGCUCCGAGUGCGGGAAAAGCUUCAGCCACAGCUCCACCCUGACCACCCACCGGAGAAUCCACACCGGGGAAAUGCCCUACACUUGCGCCGAGUGCGGGAAAUGCUUCCGGCAGAGAUCCAGUCUCAUCACACACCGGAGGAUUCACACUGGAGAGACGCCCUACACCUGCUCCGAGUGUGGGAAAAGCUUCCGGCAGAGCUCAAACCUUAUAGCUCACCAGAGAAUCCACAUGGGGGAGACACGCUGAACGUGGUCUGAGUGCGAGAAAAGCUUCAGUUAUGGCUCAUCCUUCCUUAGACACCAGAGAAUCCCCACUGGUGAGAGACCUUAUAUGUGCUCCGAGUGUGGGAAAAUCUUCAGUCAGAACUCAAACCUUA